AUGGCCGCCGCAACCGCUUCUGCCCCCGUGGGCAUCUCUGACAGCUCCUUCACCGACAAAGGAAAACCAACCGAAGUUCGACUGUCAAACAUGAACGCUGCCAAAGCCGUUGCUGAUGCCGUUCGAACAAGUUUGGGUCCAAAAGGAAUGGAUAAGAUGAUCCAAACCUCGACUGGCGAAGUGGUCAUCACCAAUGACGGAGCUACCAUUUUGAAGCAUAUGGCCGUAUUGCAUCCUGCCGCUAGAAUGCUGGUUGAGCUAUCACAAGCUCAAGACAUAGAAGCUGGAGAUGGAACUACUAGUGUGGUUGUACUUGCCGGUAGUCUAUUAUCUGCGGCUGAGAAGCUUCUCAACCAAGGUAUCCACCCCACUACCGUCGCUCAAUCGUUCCAAAAAGCCGCUUCCAAAGCUGUGGAGUUCUUGGACGAAAUGAGUAUCCCAGUAGAUCUCAACGAUAGGGAAAGCUUGUUAAAAGCUGCUAGAACAAGUUUGAAUUCCAAGAUCGUCUCACAAUACUCUUCCACCCUUGCUCCUAUCGCCGUCUCAGCCGUCACCAGACUUGUCUCAUCCUCAUCCCAUAAUGUGGAUUUAAGGGAUAUCAGGAUAGUAAAGAAAGUUGGCGGUACAAUUGAAGAUACGGAAUUAGUAGAGGGAUUGGCACUGAACCAAAUUGCUAUGAGUAAUGCUGGUGGACCAACAAGGAUGGAGAAAGCUAAGAUCGGUUUGAUCCAAUUCCAACUCUCGAGUCCCAAACCCGAUAUGGACAAUCAAAUUGUUGUCAACGAUUAUAGACAAAUGGACAAAAUUCUCAAAGAAGAACGACAAUAUCUCCUCAACUUAUGUAAACGAAUCAAGAAAACAGGAUGUAAUGUUCUCCUAAUUCAAAAAUCAAUCUUGAGAGAUGCCGUAACGGAUCUAUCAUUACAUUUCUUAGCCAAAUUGAAAAUCUUAGUUAUAAAAGAUAUCGAAAGGGAUGAAAUUGAUUUCAUAGCGAAAUCAACUGGUUCAAAACCCGUUGCGGAUAUCGAAGCCUUCACAGAGGAUAAAUUGGGUUAUGCGGAAUUAGUCGAAGAGACCAGUCAAGCUGGUGCAAAGGUCGUUAAAGUUACUGGAGUGAAGAACCCCGGUAAAACCGUUAGUGUCGUAUGUACAGGUGCGAACGAUUUGGUUCUGGAAGAAUCGGAAAGGUCGUUGCAUGAUGCUCUGUGUGUCGUUAGAUGUUUGGUAAAGAAGAGAGCUUUGAUCGCAGGUGGUGGUGCCCCCGAAAUCAAUGUAUCAAGACUUCUGACCGAAUACGCUCACACGUUAAAAGGAAAGGAAGCAUACUGUUUCCAGGCUUUCGCCGAAGCACUCGAAAUUAUACCUACCACUUUAGCUGAAAACGCAGGUUUGAACCCUAUUGCCAUCGUGACCGAAUUGAGGAACAAACAUGCUCUGGGAGAUAAGAAUGCUGGUAUAAAUGUGAAGAAGGGUAUCAUCUCGAAUAUCCUUGAGGAGAACGUAGUACAGCCAUUACUCGUUUCGACAAGUGCGUUGGAGUUGGCAACGGAGACAGUAGCAUUGAUCUUGAGGAUCGAUGAUAUUCAAGUGAGCUAA